UAUUUGUUGAUGUGUCAUAUCAAAGUGACUUGUUGGGGCUAUCAGCUGGUAAGGCAGAAAGCCCAAAGUUAACUCUUAUCCCGGUUCUCUUCGCAUUGAACUACGCCAUGGACUUUUCGCAUUCGAUUUGAACCAGAGAGGGACCAUGGAACAGCCUGGUCCUGUCUCAGAUACACACAUGAUGGAAGGAUCGGAGGUCGAAUCUGUGUCGGAAGGGUCGCACCCGGUGAAUCAGCCUCACAACAGCACAUCUGACUUAGAAGAGGAGGAACAAAUCUCUCACAACAGUGCAGAUGAGGCAGAAAAAACCAGUCAGGCAAAAGAUGAAGCACAGCUUGACGGUGAAAUAAACAAGACUAUGACAGAUGUUCAGACAGACAUAGAGACAAGGUCGGAAGCUCAAACAUGCAGUCAGGAACAUGUAGAAGGGGGUGAGCUGGAUGCUGACGCCGGCUGUGAUGGCAGUACAGUUCCAGAUGAAGCUGGUGGAGCUUUGGUAGCUCCAGUCACCACUUUGGAUGAUGUAGUAGAAAUCUCUCCUUCUAUUCUCGACGGCACAAUAGAAACCUUAUUGACUUUUGAUGAAGUGAAGGAUUCUCAUGCCACCACUCCAAACUGCAAUGAGCAGCCACCAGUCUUGGUUACAAAUUGUCCCACAGAGCCAUCGCCUGCUGAUGAUAGUGGUUCAGCUGAGAGUCCAUCAUCCUCUUCCGUCCAAAUCGCUUCCAAGAACUCCCUUACCGACUCGACAUCCACUUCUGGGUUCUGUAAUGGCCCUUCAACCCCUGGGUCGGACACAGUCAGCUCCUCACCUGCUUCCAGCCCACAAACCAGUGCCAACACUUCAGCCCCCUCCCAUUCCUUGUCAAGCCCGUAUGACACUGAUUGCAGCCGAAAGCUUAUCUCUCAGAUCCAGCGCUCGCUGUCACAGGAGUCACUACUGGAUGAGCUAGAGUCAGAGCUAUUGGCUUGUCAGCUGCCUGAGGGGGAAAGUGGAGGUGAGGGGAAAGGAAGCCCACCUAUCAAUGGACUCGCUACAGAUCAAGAGAACUGCAUGGUGGUCUUUGAGAAGUGUGUCCAAUACAAUUAUGCACAGCAGGAGAAAUCUAUUCAGAGGCUGCUUGAGGAAAACAAGAGACAUCAGGAGCUGAUCCUGGGUAUCUGUUCAGAGAAGGACAACAUGAGGGACGAACUGAAAAAGAGGACCGAUACAGAAAAGCAGCACAUGGCCACUAUUAAAAAGUUGGAGGGCAGGGUGGAGGAGCUGCUGAAAGAACUGAAGGAGUCGCGGGAUAAACUAAUCCACCAGGACCAUGCAGCCAAAGCUGCCCUACAGCAGAUGCAGAAGGACACAUCCUACAGGCUUGAACAGGUGAACAAGAAGUGUGACGAGGCACGCCAAGAGAAGGAGGGCAUGGUGAUGAAAUACGUGCGGGGGGAGAAAGAGGCCCUCGACCUGAGGCGUGAUAAGGAGAGUUUGGAGAAGAGGCUGAGGGAAGCCACUAAGGAGGUAGACCGACAGGCCCUCCGAGGAAACCAGCUGGCUCAGGAGAAAGGUCGGAUGCAGCAGCUGUAUGAUGGGAAGGAAGGCGAGGUUGGCAGGUUGACUCGAGAGGUGGAAAAGUUGAAGGAGGAAAUCAACUCCCAUCUUAUCAAAGUCAGAUGGGCCCAGAACAAACUUAAGAGUGAGGCGGAUGCACACAAGGAAACUAAAGACAAACUGAGAGAAACUACUUCCAAAUUGGCCCAGGCCAAAGAAGAGACGGAGCAGAUCCGCAAGAACUGCCAGGACAUGAUCCGAACAUACCAGGAAUCAGAGGAACUCAAGUCCAACGAGCUUGACGCUAAACUGAGGGAGACCAAAGUAGAGCUGGAGAAACACAAGCAGGAUCAAACAGAGCAAUUAGAGGUGCAUCGAGUGAAGGCCAAAGAACUGGAUGACCUGAAAAGGAGUUACAAAGAGGGCAUGGACGAGCUCAUUACUCUACGAACCAAGUUAAAGUGUCUAGAGGACGAGCGCCCACGCUGGGAGGACGAGCUGAGCAAGUACAGGGAGAUCAUCAACCGGCAGAAGGCUGAGAUCGGACGCCAGAGAGAAAAGCUGGACGAGAUCACUGCGCUCCAGGAGCAGCAUCAAUGUGAUAAACAGGAGAUCACGUCUCUUCGUGAGGAAGUGGACAGCCUGACCAACCAGAUGGUAGACCUCCAGCGUGAUGUACAAGGCAGCAGGGAGCGCGAGGCCGAGUUACUGGGCUUCACAGAGAAGCUGAGCAGUAAGAACGCCCAGCUCCAGUCUGAGAGCAACUCGUUACAGUCUCAGCUGGAUCAGCUCAACAGCAGCUUCACUGAACUUCAAGCUAAGCUGGAGGAGACCAACAGGCUGCUAGAUGACAAGUCACGGCAGCUGAAACGGGAAGAGGUGCUGAGGCAGCAGGAGGUGCAAGGCCUGCAGGAGGAGCGGGCAGCAUUGCAGACAGAGGGGACUCAACUAAAGACCAGAGUUGAAGAGCUGAGGGAUGAGCUGGUGACUCAGAAAAGGAAACAAGCUGUUAAUAUCAAAGACCUGACGAAACAACUAACACAAGCCCGUAAGAGACUGGACCAUGUUGAGAACGGAGGCUGCGACCGGGAUGCCAGCAGUAUGGGCAGUCGCUCAAGUUCCUCAGGUACUGCUCCUGGAUUUGGCUCCUUGAAUGCACGCCAUGGUGUUGAAGAGCGCUCACCAGACAGCCAGUCGGUUCCUUCAGUGGUGGUCGUGGACAGCUUCCCAGAGGUCGACAAGACGGUGCUGGUGGAGCGCAUUGUCCGUCUGCAAAAGGCCUUGGCUCGCAAGCAGGAAAAAAUUGAGUUCAUGGAAGAUCACAUAAAGCAACUGGUGGAGGAGAUACGCAAAAAGACCAAAAUUAUCCAGAGCUAUGUGCUAAGAGAGGAGUCGGGGGCCCUCUCAUCAGAGGCGUCGGACAUUAACAAGGCUAACGUGAGCCGGCGGGGAGGCAUCAUGGCUUCGCUUUACACCUCCCACCCGGCGGACAGCGGGCUGACUCUGGACCUGUCGCUGGAGAUCAACAGGAAACUGCAAGCUGUGCUGGAGGACACACUGCUGAAGAACAUUACUCUGAAGGAGAACCUACAGACUCUGGGGGCUGAGAUAGAGAGGCUCAUAAAGCAGCAGAGAGAUCCUGAGGACGAAGUAAGGAGGAAGUGACAUCACCAUGUCGCAGGAAAGAAGGAAUAAAGGACCAAGGACUACGUAAGGAACAUACUAUUUUUGUUUUGAAGGGACAGCAUAAUUAGAGACACACACACACACUCAUUCUCCCAACGUAUAAAGGAGCAGAUUGAAUGUUGUCAGUGCCAGUAGCACCUCGGGCUGCUUUUUGGAGGACCUUUUUGGAACUCUGUCCAUUUCAAGAACAUGUCUGAACUUACUUGAACCGUCAUUAUUCUAUCCACAUUGCACCGCCUCCUCCGACACAACAGAUCUUCCUCUGGCUGACGUCCAUCUCCCCUGAGCUAUGCCGAGAUAAAACUCCUCUGGCCAGUUGCUUCAAGCUUGAUAGUCUGACGCUAAGGUCAUUGACUGAAGAUGCCAUUAUGAAUGUAUAGCUAAUUCUACCUUGGAAGUAGUCAAACAAAAUGACAAAAGAAACACUGAUUUGUCGUUGAAUUCAUCCUAUAAAGACAUUUAUUUCCUCACAGAGAGUCUGUCCACCGUACACUAAGUAAAGUGAACUGAGAUAAUCGUCUCCCAGCAUGCACUUCUUGUCUCCUGAUGCCUGUCUGCCAAGAAGCCAAAUGUAUUUUUGAAAAGCCGCUUGACUACACAUCAAUCCCAAGAAGCAAAAGUGAAAAGAAAGAUCAUCCCUGGCUCGCUAGAGACCUUGUGUGCCACCUGCACAUUUUUCAUCAACUUCUGCUCCGCACAGCACUUACGACCAUAUUGGUGCAGCAAGGUGCCGCGCAUCAGCAGACCCACCCGUGCGUGUGCCAUCAGCGCCAGUAUGAAGGAAGCCGAGCGCGGAAGUAUCCUAAAACUGAAGGAAGUCUACGACGAGUAUCGAAAUCAUGUUACGGUUAAAAUGUAGAGCUGGUCUUGAGUUUGGCCACUUUUUGAAUGUGAUUUUUAAUUUAUUUAAAAAUGUUCUGUUGGUUUAAAAUGAGGUUUUAUUUGUCUGGUUAUUGAUUUUUAUUUGUUAUUCAUUUUCAUUUUAAAAGCUUUCUUUAGAAUCUUUUGUUUUUUUUGCAAACAGCUUCUCAUAAUCAGACACGAACAUCUUAAGCUGUUUAUGUUUCAGCUUCCCUAAAGUGGUUUGUUAGCAUCAUGUGCAUUCCUCAUUUCAAACAGUGGGCACAGAGAUGCUAUCAGCUAGUAGAAAUGUUCUUUGCACCGCGUGCAUUAUAUGAUCUGGUGAGGGGGGGGGGGAAAAAGACAAAUGUUAAGGUAUUCCUAUCACUCCUUGUUUUUCUAUGUUGUGCGACUGAGUCUGUCAAUUGUAGAAGAAUCAGAGGGAGGACAUGAGAUCUGUAGCUGUAGCUCAGGAAAGCCAAUGGAAACUACGGAAAUAUAUCCAGGGACAAAGUGCAAUGUUGUUCCUUUCAUUGAUCUGAAUGUGUCUGUGUGCCAGUGUACUAUUUUACAUGUCUGUGUUGUGACCAACUUGAGUGUGUGGCUGCAUGUGUGCCUUUUUUUUUUUUUAACCUCUCAAGCUUUCCGUGUUUACACUUUGUGUACAUGCUUCAGCUGUCUGGGCUUAAAGGCUUUGACCAGAUUGACCAUGAAGUUUGUUUCUUC